GAUUAUUCGGUCUCAUUUGCGAGUGUUCCCUCCACAUUCUUCAUUCGUUCAUCCACUCAUUCUUUCUUUCUCUUUUCUAUUCUUACUUUCUUUCAUCAUUUUGCCCCUUUCAAGAUUAAUAUUGACAUGUCGUCUGGAGGGAGAUAAAUCUUGUUUGUUGACAAUCGACUUUUCCCCCCGAAUCGACCCAAACUUUGGUUCGCGUUUUUCCCUGUGUUGACCUUUUCUGACCUUUCUGUCCCUGUCAAUAAUCCUAAUCCAUCUCUUGGCUCAUUUAAUUUAAUUUCCCCGUCCCCGUCCACUCCUCUCUCUCCCUCUCUCCAUCUCUGAACUUCUCUUGUAAUCAAUCUGUCCCUUACCUCUGUCUCCGCCUCCAGUCCUGUCUUUGGUGGAUUCCACUUCUCAGCGAUCAUGAUUUUCAAGGAUCUAUACCAGCGCUACCUGGCCAGCCCCAGGACCGCGUCGUUAGCGGCCGAUGUCGCGUUGAACUAUAUCCCCACUACCAUCAAGGUCGAAGGCGCAGAUGCCGUGCUCCACCACCUCACCCGCCAGGACCACGUUAUCAAGACCAAGUCCGAGACCAUCCUGGACGCCGUCGAGGGGAAUGCCAGUAUCUGCGUCGAUGUCGAGACUACGGUAGAGUUCGUAUCCGGAGGCGGCGCCUACCUUCCCACGCUCGAUGAUAAUUUCCUGUCCGACCGCGUCGCGACUUUCCCCACGAUUCACAUCGUGCGCUUCAAUGCGCAGAAUCAGAUCCACAGCGUCCGCAUCUACUGGGACCAGGCGUCGCUGCUGAAGCAGGUCGAAGUCAUCGGCGCCCGCAGUCGCGCCUGGCCCGUCCGCGACGCAAAGGAGCAGUUUCGUCUGAUCAAAGCAGCCAGCUCGGCGACUCCAGCGCCCGCCACGGACGACAGUGUCUCCUCUCGACCGACGUCCCGAUCGGACGAACCCGAGUCCAAGCGAGCCUCCCCGGGCAAGAAACACAUCAAGGACCCCUACGCAGCGGAGUCCCUCUUCCACCUGCUGUCCCCCGACUCCGGCCGCCCGGACCCCGUGCGCCCUCCGCGCGCCCCCGCCUCAGCCCAGCCCCCCUCGCGCAAUCUCGACGACCUCUUCGUCCGCGACGACAACGUGCAAGACGCGCCCGACGCCACCCCCUCCAAGUCCACGAUCGCGCCCAAGGCCGGCUCCAGCAAGAACUUCCAGCGCGCGCGCAUCUUCGACGACGACGACACCGCCCGCGAGCACGACGGCCCGCAGCAGAUCGCCUACCGCGCGAACCCCAAGCGCUACCAGCACUUCGAGCUCGGCGCCGACAACAGCGAGCGCGAGAUCAAGCACGCCGAGACCCGCCCGCUCUCCUACGCCCGCCCCCAGUGGAACUUCGAGGACUUCGCGACCCCCGAGAAGGCCCAUCGCCGGAUCCGCCCCGAGGAAGUGCGCCACUUCGGCUGGAGCGACGACGAGGCCCAGGAGACUCCGCCGGCCCGCCCGCACGUCCCGCACCCGCGUCCGGACGCAAAGUCUCAGAUCCACAUGGGUGACCCCAACGACGAGGGCAACGGCGCGCGCAUCAUCAGCUCGUUCCAGAAUAAGGGCAUGGGCCUUUACAAGAAUCCGCUUUACAGCGAGGACGACAACGACGAGGAGCCGGCUCUGCAGGACGUGUCCAACCAGAAGAAACAGCAGCGUCCGCUGUCUGUCGUCAACCGCGGUCCCAACCGUCGCAAUGACUUCGAGAACCACUGGAAUGUCACGGACGAGGCUCCCCCCGUUGCGCCUGAGGCUAGCGCCGAGAACGAGAAGCCCGCUGGCUCGGAUAGACAGACAGCCGUGCGCAUGAUGGAGCCCUCGUGGGGUCUAUAUGAUGAGUCGCCCCAGCCCAGAAAGUUCGUCAAUGUUGUCCCUGGGCGUCGUGCUGGCAAACACACCACUGACCGGAGUUGGAACAACAUCUACGGUGAUGAAUGAUUGAUUGUUUUCAUUCAUCCAUUCAAUCGAUCGAUUGGUUGAUGGAUGCCACUCGUGAUGUGGAAUCUGAAAAGACAUGUCCUGCUAUGGAAUACAGUACGACGACCCUUGGACGCGAAAUGCGCCACGAGCGAAACGACAACCCAUGAUGAAA